UCGGCUCGUAGUCGUCGAUCCUGUCUCCGUUCCGACCUGAAGACAGCGAGGAAGGUCUUAUCUACUAUCAAGGCGGCCAACCACCCGAUCGGCGUCGAGCUGCAGCACGCAAUCGUCACCGAGGCGCUGAAAAAGAAGAUUCGCCACCGAGAACGCUGCCGUGUGACCCAGGCUCGCCAAAGAGAGAGGCAACUCGAGCUCGAAGCUGAUAUUCAACAUGCCAUUGAGAGGUUGUGGAAAGAGAUCGAAGAUCUAGAAGCGAAGUGCAACGAUCCUUCCCGGUUACCAGCAUCUCCGACUCCAUGGGGCGUUGUGGGCGACUACUUCCGUCACUUCAACUACUUCUUAGCGCGUCCUGGGACUGGAUACGACGCUGCGUCGGAGUUCUUGCGUGGAAUCAUGGCCCCAGACGUGGUCGAUGGCUCCGUAUGUGGAGUGGACGCACGGAGUGAGAACUGGAGGCGCUUCGCUCUCUACUUUGGCAAUGCUCACAUUGAGCUUCGAGGUAUGAAGAUGCCAUCUCAGCACACAUUGGUCGCUGACAUAACAACUACAGUGACUGUUACUUGGAAUACCCUACAGUUCGCGUUCCCGCACCUGAACUCCGACGCGAAGGGCGGGACUCAAGGAGGUGCUUGGUCGCCCAUUGCUAGCAGAAUCAUCGGUCGGCAGCUUCUCGCGCACGGGUCGAUGCACUUUGGCUGGGAUGAUACGAGCGACAAAGUGGUGAGAUUCCAGAUGCGGAUGGAUCUGCUGACUCCGAUGCUCAAUCUGCUGGGCAAUCUGGAAGAUGUAUUGCUCGUCUUCAGCAAGGCUUCCAUCACCCCGGACGAUACGUUUGUU